AAUUAUUUAAUCGACUUUGCCACUGUGAGAUAAUAUAAAUAGAGGGUGUAGAAUGUCGUUCGCUCCAUUGAUGUUCUCUAACUGGUGGGAGGAUUUGAAAAGGCCGCAUCACCUGCUUGAUCAGGACUUUGGCCUUGGGCUUCACGCCGAUCAAUUAAUAACUCCGGGAAGAUUGGAUUUAUACCAUCCUUAUCACGGAAGGGGGAUUAACGCGGUAAAUUACAUCAGACCUUGGGCGGAAUUACUUCGAAGUGGCGAUAAAGGAGGCUUGUCCACCGUUGAGGCUGAUAAGGAUAAAUUUCUUGUGACGUUAGACGUCCAGCAAUUCAAGCCCGAGGAAAUUGAUGUUAAGGUAGUGGAUGGGUGUGUCGUUGUGAAUGGUAAGCACGACGAGAAGCAGGACGAGCAUGGCUGGAUCGCUCGCCAAUUCACAAGGAAGUACCUGGUCCCGGAGCAGUGUGACAUCAAUCAACUCGUGUCGAAGCUGUCGUCCGAUGGUGUGCUUACUAUAAUGGCGCCGAGGAAGCAACAACCACAGCAUAAGAACGAAAAGAUUAUUAACGUAGUGCUGACUGGUAAGCCAGCCUUCAAGUCAAAAGAGAGCGAGGAAAGUACGAAGGAGAGUGCCAAGAAGUAAGAACGAAGAACGAAUGCGAUUUAGCGAC